AUGGCUGCCAUCUUCCAAUCCCAGAAAUCUGCCCUCAUCACCGGCGCAGCAUCCGGCAUCGGCUUCGCCAUCGCCAGAGUAUGCCGCACCAAAGGCAUGCACCUGGCGCUCCUCGAUGUCGACACUGCCAAUCUGGAAAAUGCCAGAAAUGAGCUGUCUGCUCUCGACCCCUCCUUGAAAACAGAGAUCUACACUAUCGACGUCGGCAACCGGGACGCCUGGAAGGACAUCGCAAAGCAGAUCCGCUCGACAUUCCACGACCUCGAUCUUAUUGUCCUCAAUGCCGGAAAAUCAUACAAAGCGCAGAGUGGCCUGGCAGGACGACUAAAGCCAUGGGCCGAUGCCGAGUACUGGAAGAAGACAUUCGACACCAACGUCUUCGGCCCGCUGAACGGGCUUGAAACGCUCCUUCCGCUGAUGACUGCCUCAUCGCCAACUCCCAAAUCCAUCGUCAUCACCGGCUCCAAGCAAGGCAUCACGAACCCGCCUGGGGCCGCCAACCCGGCCUACAACGCCUCCAAGGCGGCCAUCAAGAAUUUAACCGAGCAUCUCGCGCAUGAUCUGCGGUCCGAUCCCGCUACGGCGCAUAUCUCGGUGCACUUGCUGAUUCCCGGAUGGACAUGGACUGGUCUUAUGGGAAACGUCGGGCCUACGGACGAGAGUAGCCUCAAGAAGAUGGAAGGGGCGUGGUUUCCGAGCCAGGUUGCGGAGGAGUUGGUCAAGGGAAUGGAGAAGGGGUCGUCUUACAUUGUCUGUCCCGAUAAUGAGACAGACAGGGCUUUAGAUCAAGCGAGGAUGCAGUGGGCGAGUGACGAUGUGGUUGAGGAUCGGCCUGCGUUGUCGCGAUGGGAAGACACGUGGAAGGGGAGAGCGGAGGAGUGGAUUCAGAACUUGAAACCAUCAGCAUCAGAUGCCGAUAUGAUAAGGGGUUGUUAUGGUUGUGGGUGUGCUCUAUCCUUGCCAGACGCUGCUCGUCAUUAUGCGGGAGGGUUCAUAUGUGCUGGUUCUCUCCUUGCUCACGGUGAAUGCCCGAAUACUCGAGCGAGAAUAACUGGCACACUAUGUACUGCGGUUGCCACGACCGGUGACCUCCUCGCAAGCUUUGACGACGACCUCCUGCAAAUUUUCGUCCCUUGUCACGUCAAGAGGUUCACCGGUCUUCCUUUUGGGUUCAAAAUAGGCCCCGGUGAGACUUUGAUCAUAAUCACCUUCGGCCAGCAUGACGUAUGUCUCGACACCAUCGUUCAGCUUGUCGGUGGCACCUUGGCCUCCUCGGCCAGUUUGCGGGUCUCUGCCAUGCUCGACAAGUCUGCAAUCAGCACGCCGGCAGCACCAGGGCAUUUUGCCUUGGCAUCCGCUGCGCGCUCUUGGUUACGCGCAUGA